GCUCCGGUUCGAUCCAAACGGAGAGUCGGGGCUAGCUGGGAAGCUAGCGGAGGCUAACUGGCUGUGCUUCCCUCCCGUCAUGCUGCGGCUAUUCAGGUUAAAGUGGGAAGAAGCCGCGGGUCUGUCAGGCAGCUGAGCGAAGUGGAGCCUGAGGAGGAAGCACCGGUUAGCCCCGGUUUCACUACAGGCAGAAUCACUCGCUACAGGGGUGAGGAAAUAAAACCUGAACAGCCAAUCAGAGUGAUCUCUCUGACCGACAAGCUCCGCCGCUGAUUCAACAUGUUCAAUCGGCCGAAAAGCCGCUGACGCCGAGGUGCCAACAGUGCGGGACACACCGCAAAAACUAGGGCGACAAAUGCUCACUGACUUUGACGAACGGCCAACCUUAGGCUUGGUGUGUCAGGGCCUUUAGGGAUCGCUGGGAUGCAUGAGCCUAUCACAGCUGACAUUGGGCGAGAGGCAAGGUACACCCUGGACAGGUCACCAGACUAUCACAGGGCUGACACAUAAGCCCUUUUUAGAUAGGAAUUGUGCAAAUUUGCCCAAUCAGUCUUCUCUCAGCAUUGGCAGUAUAAAAACAAAAUCAGGGAAUGCAGCAAAAUUUUGUUUAUACAGAAUGCCCCUUUUUCGGGGUAUUGGGGGGCACGAGCAAGUAACAAAGCAUGUAGCUCAGCAUGUCACGCAAACACUGACGUGGGAGGGAAGCCACGGCUAGUCAGUCCUUCGCCGAUUCUCUCCUAAGUCGGCCCAUUCUUUACCGUUCCCGUCAUCUGACGGUUAAUGGCCUCUUCAUUUGCGAGGACAAGGAGGGCGCGCAAUUCCUUGUCUCCCCAGUUGCUCAUCUUUACAGUGUCUGUCAGGUUUGCGUUUCCCUCUUGCUACUAGCUGCUUGCUAAUUCCUGCUAUCAGCUGUUUCCUGUUUAUCCACCGCCAGUGGGUCACAUGUGCGACAUCUUCAACAGCUCCUCCCACAAGUUUUCAACAGCCCCUCCCAUUGCGGAAGGCCACCUCGGUCUGUUUAAACUAAAAGGGUUCUGCCAAUAUGACUACCCUAUGAGGCGGAAAAUUGGGCACUUCGGAUCAACUCGCCAAUCCGGCUCUGUGUGUCUAAACACUCACAGCUUGCCGGCAAAACGGCCCAACAUUCACGGAAAAUCUGGCAGUGUAAAAGGGGCUAGAGACAGACAACCAUUCAUGCUCACAAUCACACCUACAGACAAUUUAGAGUCACCAAUUAACCUGCAUGUCUUUGGACUGUGGGAGGAAGCUGGAGUACCCGGAGAAAACCCACACUGACAAAGGGAGAACAUGCAAACUCCUCACAGAGGGGUUCCUUCACCCCAGGUUCGAACCAAGACCCCUCCUGCUGUGAGGCAUCAGUGUUAACCACUAAACUUGCUUUGUGGUACAAACCUCAGGUCAAAGUUUGCCGACUACUCAUCUUUACAUGUCACAUUUUCCCCACAAAUUAAUGCUUUUAAAACAAAGUAAAACUGUGACUGUCCAUCUCAGUCCUAUCAAUGACUAAAACCACAAGGGGACGUUUACUGAAGCUUGUUACAGCAAGGCAGAAUAAAUAAGGUGAGGCAAUAAGUAUACUUACUCCAUCUAAACACUGAGCUGCAUCUUAAUUAAGCCCUCAGCGUGCUUGAUGUGUGUGUGUGUGUGUGUAUGUGUGUGUGUGUGUGUAGCUGCUGAAAGUUGAGUAUUAAGUUUAGCAACUGUGUCUGUUUGUCACAGUAGGGAGCGGAGGAGUUUAUCAAACACAUGUAUUGUAGCUUUUUGAGGUUUUAUAUCAUUAAUGCUUUUAAAUACAGGUUUUUAUAGGAUGUUUUAGGUUUGAACAACCUCUUCCAAAAAUGUCCUUUAAUAUAACUGGGUUUUUUUCCCAGUAAUCUUUACAUUCGCAUUGAUUUAAAUGCAUUUUUCUAAAUCUGCAGUCAAAGAAAAAACAUUUUUGUCUUAUUACUGAAGUUAUGACAAACUCAACAGAGAUUGUGUCCUUUGUGUUGACUAUGUACACUAACAUAGGGAAGUUUAAGCACCUCUAUUUCAUCCUGGCAAUGCUGUUAUACAUAACCAUUAUUUUUGCUAACACUUGUCUUAUUGUUGUGAUUUACGUGGACAGAAACCUGCAUGAGCCCAUGUAUCUAUUCCUGUGCUGUUUGUUUGUAAAUGAAAUCUGGGGCAGCACAUCUAUGCUGCCCUGCUUGAUGGUACAUAUCUUGUCGGACACUCAUGAAAUUUCUGCCUUUUACUGCUUUAUUCAAAUAUUUAACAUUCAUUCAUAUGCAGCUAUUGAAUUUGGAACGUUGACAAUAAUGGCAUAUGACAGAUAUGUAUGUAUUUGCAAGCCUUUACAUUACAACGUCCUGAUGACAAUUGGAAAAGUACAAAUUGGCAUCAUUGUUAUUUGGAUGAUUUCUUUUUUAGAGGUUGGAGUUUUGUUGUCUUUCACUAUUCGUCUAAAGUUUUGUGGGACUCUUAUCCACAAAAUAUCUUGUGAUAACCAUCUCGUCGUUGAACUGUCGUGUUCACCGGACAGAACGAUGUCAUACCUGCAUGAUGUUGUUUUUGGCCUUCUUUUUACUGUUGCAUUUCCUCUAAGUUAUAUUUCAUACACGUACGUUAGGAUUUUUGUUGUGUGUUUAAAGGUGUCCAAACAGACCAAAAUGAAAGCCUUUGAUACGUGCUUGCCACAUUUUUUUUCACUCAUGAGCUUUGUCUUUGCUGGUUUUUAUAACCUGAUCAGUCAAAGAUUUGACAUGACGUUUGUACCACAUGAGCUGCGUGUUAUUUUGACGAUGUACGGACCGAUUGUUCAGCCUCUUCUAAAUCCAAUGAUAUACGGUCUGAAGCUGUCAAAGAUUAGGCACGCUUUCAAUGUGGUUUUUAAAUUAAAACAGUAAAAACACUGUGACUUUAACAUUCAGUAUUGAAUUUAAUUUGAUUUUCCUUGUUUUUAUUGUCUUAUCAUCACUAUUCUGAUUAUCUGCUUUUAUUUAAAAACACUUAGUUCAUUAAUAAUGGCAACAUAUAAAUAUACAUCAUGUGAAUUUUGUUUCUUCAACAUAUUUAGACUAUUUAGAGAACCAAGACACAUGAUCACAUCACUUUAGUUUCAGCCUCUUUACACCGGCUCCCAGUAUGAUGUCGAACAGAUUUUCAGAUUAUACUUAUUAUUUUGAAGGCUCUUCAUGGUCUCUCUCUCAGCUAUAUCUCCAACCUCUACUGUACACGCAAGGAUGUACUUUGUGGUCCUCAGGCAGCAGACGCCUUUUGUCUGUUCCAGAGACCCGGCUGAAAACUAAAGGGGACAGAGUGUUUGCUGUCAGGGCCCCGAGCCUCUGGAACAAUCUGCCGACUGAUCUCUUGUAUGUCCCUUCUUAAAACAUACUUUUAUCAAAGAGCCUUUCCUGAUUUUACUUAAGUUUUAAGUUAAUUUAAACUGUCUUUUAUUGCCUCAGUAUUUAUACACCAAAGUGUUUUAUCAGUUGUUGUUUUCAUGUCUUGUCUGUCUUAAUUAUUGACAUGCAAAACACUUUGUAACUCUGUUUUGAAAAGCGCUUUAUGAAUAAAGAUGA